UUUAUUAGCUAUAAUAGCAAUCCCGAACGGCAGAACACCCUAAAACCCCCAAUUACCAAAUCUCGAUUCAGAUAUCUUAGGACAAAGCAACAUCAAUUUGCGCUUGUUCCGUUGUCCGAAUCUAUAAACUGAUGCGAUCAUAAACACAAAUCCACUUCUCAUAAAAGAAUCGGCGUCCUAUUUAUGUAAAACAGGAAUACAGGAUCAAUACACAUGUGAUGCAAAGUUGUGGCGAGUGAGUAGGAGUAAUUUGAAGAAAGAAAUGUCACAAGAUGCUGCUGCUACUGCGAAUCUUCAACUGAGUGAAGUGUAUUGGUCUCUCGUAGCUAAAGCCGAUAAGAAGUUCUCCAAAAUUAGAGACUUGCCCUAUUACGAGCAUCACAGUGUUGUUGCAUCAGGUAUGAUACACACUUCCAUAAAGUAUUCAAAGUUUAUACAAAACUAUGGAAAUUCCAACAAGAAAAUCGACAAAAGCUGGUGGAAUCUGGUCUUAAAAGAUGGGAAAUUGGUGAUAUUGCAUCAAGAAUUGGUCAACUUUAUUUUGGGCAAUAUAUGAGAACAAGUCAAGCCAGUUAUUUAUCAGAGGCUUAUAUUUUUUAUGAAGCAGUUUUAACAAGGGAGUAUUUUAAAGAUGGAUUAUUCCAAGAUCUUAAUCUUGCAAAUAAACAACUGAGAUUUCUUGCUAGAUUUUUGACAGUUUGUCUUGUGUUGAAUCGAAGAGAAAUGGUGUAUCAGUUGGUAAAUCAGCUCAAAAUGUUGGUUUCUGAGAUCAAAAGGGCGUUUCAGGACACUGACUUCAAGGAAUGGAAAAGGGUAAUUCGGGACAUAACCAAAUUUCUUAAAGUUGACACUGCUUUCAUGAAUAUGAGGCCUUUAAGAUACAGCAUUGUGUUAGAUCAUGAUCCAGAUAAUUUACCACAUGUUUCCUUCAUCAAAAGAAAGCUAAGAUUGAGAGAUGCCAUACUUUGCAGCUAUCAUCCAAAUGAGGUUAAGUUCUCAGAGCUGACUAUUGACAAUUUCAGAAUGCUUCAAUGUUUGGAAUGGGAACCAAGUGGCUCUUUUUACCAAUCAAAUGGAAAUGGAAUCUCAAACCCUUGGUCAAACAUUGGUCAAAGUGGGCCCCACCAAGGAUCCAUUCGUGUGAAUUAUUAUUCUCAAGAGAUUUCUGAUCCUACUUUGCCUCCAAAUCCACGUAAAGCAGUCUUGUAUUCUCCAUCAACCACACACUUCAUAGCUGUUCUUGCUACACUGUGUGAGGAGCUCCCUGCUGAUGGUGUUCUGUUGAUAUAUUUAUCUGCUUCAGGUGCAUCAAAUUAUGGUGCUGAUAACAUUCAGACUAAUAUGACUCAAUCAGAUGCUGUGUGUGAUAAUAGUCUUGGAGGCUUAAAUAUUGGCUCUCAUGGAAAUGGAGUGUUUAAUUUGAUUUAUCCUUGCGACUUGCUACCAUUUACAAGAAAACCACUUUUCCUUAUUAUUGAUAGUGACAACAGUAAAGCUUUUCAGGGAAUAAACAAGGGAGAAAAAGGAGAACCAAUUGCAAUUCUCCUAUCUCCAACCUCUUCAUACCCGACACCACACAAUAAUACCAUAGACCCUCGCAUACCCAAUGGAAGCCAAUUCACAAGUUUUCUCACAUCCCCUUUGCAAUCUCUUAUCAUCCUACUUGGCUUUUCCAGCUCCGACAUCCAAAUCCAAAUGGAGAAUCUUAACAAGGCACAGAAUAUUCUUUCUUCGUGUUUGGAUAAGUGGGGAGAAAUGUUGGCAUCUUUAGACACAAUUCAUCCCGUUUGGGCUCAAGUUUUGGAAGAUCCGUUCAUUAGGAGACUCCUUUUAAGGUUUAUAUUUUGUCGGGCGAUUUUAUCACUAUAUGCUCCUAUUUCGGGUAAAAAAGAAUAUGUUCCGGAAUGUUCACCUCCCCUUCCAAAUGCUUUCUUACCUACAACGCCUCUAUCUAUUGAAACCAUUUCACAAAUAGCCGAUAUUUUUGGUGCAACAACUAUGUUCAACAUCUAGCACUAUGCUAAAUCAUUAGGGUAUUUACGUCUUUUGUACACACAAGACAUCCAGAGUGAGGUUGAGGAACGAAAAAAAAAAUCAUUUUUCCAUCCUACGAAAUCAAUCUGAUGCAUAUCAAACACAGUACAAAUAUGUAAGAAAUAGACGUUGGGAAACUAAUGUUGGUUGGGUCACACUUUGGGACUUGUUUUUUUUGAGUAAUAGUUGUGAAAAGAUAAGAAAUACAUAAUUGUGAUUACUCAUUACUUUUAAAGAGGUGUAGUGUGUAGUAAGUGUAAAUGUGUAGAUCUUAUAGUACAUUUUACACAUGACUCGAUUACACGUGUGGUUUGAGUGAUAUUAUUGUUAUUAUUGUUUCGGUUUGAUUUAAUGUAGGAAGAAUGACGUUGAUAUUCUUAAACUAUUAUUUUCUAUGGACA